AUGGCCACUCAGUCACCCAAGACCUGCCUGACGGCGUGUCUCCUGCUGCUGCUGACGGUGGCUUCCCUUGUGGCUUCCGCCCCCUCUUCCCAGCACCUAGACUCCCCCGAGAGAUCCGAGGAUGGGGACUCUCAUGACGCACACCAAGUCAACCUGAGUAAAGAUGACGUCGUCCACCAAAGCCUGCAGCAAGACGACGCCCAUUUACUCCAGCAGGACCACGACCACUUUCCGCGAGAAGACCGUCAGGAAGAAAAACAGGACGAUAACGUCCCACCCAACCUCUCCAAAGUCGACGAUCAUAACAGUAAUGGCAAUAAAGACUCAAAAGCCAGCGACUCCGCCGGCGACAACAAAGACGAUGAAUCCAUUGACAACAACUCUGAGGGAAAUGCCUCCAGAAGCGACAACUCAAAGGUCGACGACUUCGAUGACAACCACUCUAAGAACGAUAACUUCAGAGGAGACGAUUCCAAGAACGACGAAUUUGGCAACAAAGUCACCAAAGACAUGACUGCUAGCGACAGCAACUACGAAAGCAUCGACUUUGAGGACAACGACUUCCAGAAUAACGUCACUAAGGGAGAGAACUCCAGGAGCGACGAGUCCAAGGCCAUCAAAGACAAACUCUCACCUCCCAACACCGGUGUCUCUUCUGCAUCUCGUCACCGCUUUCCGUUUGGCAGCCUUGGCUACAGCCCUUAUGACUCCUAUGGAUACAACUUUUAUAAUACAUAUGGCUUCAGUCCAUAUGACGGCUAUGUCUAUGAUUACAAUCCAUAUGGCAGCUAUGACUACGGUUCUCUCGGUGGCUAUGGCUAUAGGCCUUAUGGCGGAUAUGGGCCAUAUUAAUCUAUAUUAAAAUAUGUGUGUGAGGCACAGACUCUUCCCUAU